AUGGAAGACUACAAGUUGACCUACUACGAAACUAUUCUCUUCCUAUAUCGCGGCCAGCUUACUGCUAAAAAGAAUCAGGAAGACGAUGUCUUUCUGGAGUGUGCUCAAGCAGCUGCAAGUAUCUGCCAAGGCUGCAAACGCCUGUACAUUGGCAAACCGAUCAAUUACACGUGGUCAACGCUACACCUUCUCUUUUUGGCAGGUUUGACCUACAUGCACUGCCUUUGGACCUCUUCGGCCGUUCGAAGAUCAAUCAGAGUCGACAACGUUAGCACCAUCUUCACGACUUGUACAAUGCUCUUGGCUGUCAUGGCGGAACGAUGGGAGGCUGCGGCACCAUACCGAAACCUGUUCGAAGCGUUGUCUGCUAGAACCAUGGCAAUGGUGGUAGAUCGGAAUCAGGUUGACAGACCGGAGUUUCAGCCGUCUUCGUUGACCUCCAACGGCCCGAAUAUGGAAGACAUGGCAAAUUGGGCGUCCCAAAUUGCGGAUGUCAAUAUGCCUGAUGCAUAUGGGAGCCUUCUAAGUGGCAUCAUGGGCGACUUCAGCACAGAAGAGGAAGCAACCGAGUUUUAUGACAGUCUUUGGAACUUCUGA